AUGCUUCCUACGAAAGAUAGCCCGCUUCAGGGCGUGCUGAUCUGCGCUCUGAUCUUUAUGUUAGUUCUCAUUUACUGGCGCGAAACAAUACACACCGAGAAGUUCGAUAAAGCCCAAGAAGCCCUCGCUCUACUCAGCGCAGAUCCAUCUUCAACAUCGCAGACCUCGAUUCCAAAGCCGAAUGAGGAUCUGAUUCUAUUCUCGUUCCAUGAAACCGAAGGCGCAACGAAGAACCUCCAGUUUUUCAUCAAGCAUGCCCUAUACGCAAAAGCUGACUUCAUAUUCAUCAUCAAUGGUGAACACACGCAAGACUUGUCGGCCUUGGUGGAACUGCCUAACGUGAGAAUUGUCGAGCGAGAAAAUCGCUGCUUUGAUCUGGGGGCCUACCAUGAAGUUCUCACAGCGAAUACCACGUUGCAGGUGGCUUACAAACGGUACAUGUUCAUUAAUGACUCCGUCCGAGGGCCAUUCUUGCCUUCGUGGGCGGAAAGGACAUGCUGGAGUGAUGCUUAUUGGGACAAACUGGAUGAGAGAACGAGAUUAGCUGGCAUGAGCUGGAACUGCGCCAACGGGAUCCCUUACCCACCCCAUUUACAGAGCAUGGUCCUAGCCUUCACCAACGCGACGCUCGCGAUGUUAUUACCGAACAUGAAAUGCUACGAAAGCAUGCUCGACGCUGUGAUGAAUGGGGAGACCAAGCUUGCCGGUAUGAUCACCGAGUCAGGAUAUGAUGUGUAUGCAAUGGAAGGACGCUUUGCAGCACAUUCUGGCGCAAGCGGGAAGAAUACAACGGCAUUCCUGGAGUGGUGCGUCGAUACUCCAGAGACGGUGACAAGCGGAGGUAACGAUAUCUUGUACUCCGGAAAAUAUGAAGGCAGUACUUUGCAUCCAUAUGAAACAAUCUUCGUGAAAACAAAUCGAGCCUGGGACGAACGCGAUCAAAAAGUCAUUGACUUGGUGACAGAACAUGCUGAACUGACAGAGUACUCGAGCUAUGAUCACUGUCGAUAA